UGCGCCCGCCUCCCCGGUUGGAGAGUUGUCCCUCUCUCUCACGUUUGGGCCCCGUUUUCCUGGUCUCCGAGCUACGUCCUCCCGGAGUGGGGACAAUCGAGCAAAGGGAGCGAUGCGCUUCGCCUGGACCGCGCUCGUGCUCGGGCCGCUGCAGCUCUGCGCGCUCCUGCGCUGCGCCCAGCCGGCCGCCGGCCAGCAACAGCCCCCUCGCCAGCCGCCGGCGGCCCCGGCCGCCUGGCGCCAGCGGAUCCAAUGGGAGAACAACGGGCAGGUGUUCAGCCUGCUGAGCCUGGGCUCGCAGUACCAGCCGCAGCGCCGAAGGGACCCGGGCGCCACCGCCCCGGGCGCUGCCAACGCCGCCGUCCCGCAGCCGCGCACGCCCAUCCUGCUGCUUCGCAACCGCACGGCGGCAGCACGGGAGCGGACCCCGGGCUCGUCGGGGGCCGCCGGCCGACCCCGACCCGCCGCUCGCCACUGGUUCCAAGCCGGCUACUCGCCGUCCGGGGCCCGCGACGCUGGGGACUCGCGCGACGGCAAUGGGACGGAGCCAGGAGAGCGCCCGGCGCUCAGUAACCUGAGGCCGCCUAGCCGCGUAGACGGCAUGGUGGGCGACGACCCCUACAACCCCUACAAGUACACCGACGACAACCCUUAUUACAACUACUACGACACGUACGAAAGGCCCCGGCCUGGGAGCAGGUACCGGCCCGGAUACGGUACCGGCUACUUCCAGUACGGUCUCCCGGACCUGGUGCCAGACCCAUACUACAUCCAGGCUUCCACGUACGUGCAGAAGAUGUCCAUGUACAACCUGAGAUGCGCAGCGGAGGAAAACUGCUUGGCCAGCUCAGCAUACCGGGCAGAUGUCAGAGAUUAUGAUCACAGGGUGUUGCUGCGAUUCCCCCAAAGAGUGAAAAACCAAGGGACAUCAGAUUUCUUACCAAGCCGACCAAGAUACUCCUGGGAGUGGCACAGCUGUCACCAACAUUACCACAGCAUGGAUGAAUUCAGCCACUAUGACCUACUCGAUGCCAGUACCCAGAGGAGGGUGGCUGAAGGCCACAAAGCGAGUUUCUGUCUUGAGGACACCUCCUGUGACUAUGGCUACCACAGGCGAUUUGCAUGUACUGCCCACACACAGGGGUUGAGUCCUGGCUGCUAUGAUACCUAUAAUGCAGACAUAGACUGCCAAUGGAUUGAUAUUACAGAUGUAAAGCCUGGAAACUACAUUCUAAAGGUCAGCGUGAACCCCAGCUACCUGGUGCCGGAAUCAGACUAUUCUAACAAUGUCGUGCGCUGUGAAAUCCGCUACACGGGACACCAUGCGUAUGCCUCGGGCUGCACAAUUUCACCGUAUUAGAAAGCAAGCCAAAACUCCCAAUGGAUAAAUCAGUGCCUGGUGUUCUCAAGUGGGAAAAAAUAGAUUAACUUCAGUAGGACUUAUAUAUUUUCAAAAACAGAACAGAAAACAACAAAAGAAUUUUUUUUUUUGGACUCUUUUACACCCAAGCACAUAACUGGAUUUUGGACAUUUAAAUUGGCAUUAUUUGGGACAUUUUUAAUAUUAUUAUUUGUAUUACCUUGCGAAUGAACACAGUGUUUCCAUUCUGUAGAUGUACACGUGGCCCUUUCAAGGAAAUCCAAAUUUCUUAGGCUCCUUCAGAAAUUACAGUGUAAAAGUGAAAAUAACAUUUCAGUGAAUGAGCCAAAAUUACUAUGAACUGAGAAUUUUCUUAAGUGCUGAAACUUCAGUAAACCAUAGCAAUAACUGGCUUGUAUAUGUCUUAGCAUAGAUCCGUUUAGAAAGGAGGUUCCUACUGUGCGAAUAGAUACGGACACAUCUGGUGCUGAGGAAGGACCAAACAUAUUACCAUUGGUGUCAAGAAAUAUUAUUAUAUAGCAGAGAAAUGGCAACAUAUGUAUUCAGAUAGUUACAUCCCUAUAUAAAAUUUAUGUUUACAUUUUAAAAUUAGUAAACUCCUGUCUUUCUGUUUAAGUGUACCAUUUCAUUCUGACUUAAGUCAGCUUUGUUUUGGAACAAAUUAAGUAACUGAGCUGCCCAACUCCUGUCUGACAUUCACUGUUGCUGCCUCAAUUCUUUAAUUUUCCUAUGGGCAGAGACCUUUUAAGUGGCAUUCUUAGAAUCACCAUUCUGGGGACUGGUAUACGGAGGACGACUGUGUGAAUGGGAAGUCAUUCUGAUGAUAGAUGUGAUACAUUCAGAGAUACUAUGUAUGCAUUUAAGUAUAUGGACCUUUUAGCUAAAAAUAUUUUCCUUGUUGACAUAAAAAUCAUACAAACAAGUCCCCAAAACCACAACUGUCUCUCAAAUACUUUAAAAAAAAUUGAUGAAAAACAUCUUAGGAUUUUCAACUUUUCUACAUUUUUUUAAUGUAGAAAAUUAAGAAUGCUUUAAAAUGAAGAAUCCUAAAAAAAUUUUUUUUUAAUUAUCCAGAAUAGAAAACAUCAUAUCUGGAUAUAGGAACAUUAUCAGGUCAUCUAGGAAUCAAUCAUACAUUUUUUUUUUCUUGUGUGUCUGAAGUGUAAACCAAAUUAGCAAAGCAUGUAACACUACAUACUUGAGGGGUUGGUGAAUAAGGGAAAGAGAAUACUUUCUAUACAACGAAGGGCUGUGCUGCACCAUGAGACAGCUGUGAUUUUAUUUUCAAACUGUGAAACCAUGUGCCACAACAAAAUUUGGAAGAUUCCUUUUUUUCCCCCUAGAUCCAAAAGGUACAGAGAGAAAUCAAAUGACACUUUUAAGUUAGUGGUGCUCAGGCAGAAGUCUUCCUACGUGAACAAGUAUUAAAAUCUCAAGCAAGGGAUUUCCAGUGCCAGGACAUGUUUGUUAGAAUUUAAAAGUGAGGUGGCAUCCCUCACUGUUAUGUCAUGUAUAUCAUACGUCACAGACUCGUAAAGUCAACACCAACUACUAAGAAUUGUUCCCUACUCACUAGUGCCUAGCGUGGCAAGAGGGGCUAGAGAUGGACCAUCGUCCAGGUGCCGAUGUGAUCCUCCUCUACCAGGGCACACGCUUACCAACAGAGAAUGCGGCUUGAUAGAGACCCAGAACUUUUACUGAGCUAGUAUCUGAGCUACGGAAUAGCUUCUUUGAUGUACCUCUUUGCCUUAUGUUGCGUUUUUUAGUUUUAAGACUGUAGAGUGAUCCUUUCAAAUUAUUAUCUUUUCUAAUAGAGAUAUUUUAAUAUACUUGCUUAAAAAAAAAAAAAACACAACAAAACUACUGUCAGUAUUAAUACUGAGCCAGACUGGCAUCUACAGAUUAAGGCCAUUGAGAUUCUUAUCCUUGUAAAAAUUAUAGCAUGGCCUUUGAACACAUAUGAGAAGACAUUUACUAUCAUUCAUGGAACUUUCCAUCUGUCUGUCCAUCCAUCAUCAUUCAAGGGCCUAAUUACAUGCCAGGUGCUUACAUGCUAGGCCUUGGGAUAUUAAAAAACAACAACUGUCCCCUAACCUCAAGAAGUAUUAAAAAUGUCAUUAUCUCCCUUUAGGUCCACUUUAUUUCAUUUUUAACAACUAUAAGUACAUGUCUGAAAUUUUUCUUUUUUUAGCACUAUUAUUUUUCAUGACCAUAUUUUAUUUUAAAAAAAUAAGUUAAAAUAAAUAGCUAUAUGCAUGUAUGUGUUACUAAUAAUUAAAACUAUGUUUUCAAUCCUUGAAAUGUCUGCCUCUUAAAUAUAAAGCCUACUAUUUGGUUGAUUUUGAGAAAAAAAAGUUUCAAUUAGGAGGCUAAACUUUCUUGCUUAUUCCUUAUGUAAAUAUUCCUUCCUCCCAUUACCCUUAAACACUCCCGAAUAACUCAUAAGUAUUGAUUUAACACUCAAUAUUUUUGAACCUCAAGGGAUCUCGUCUCUGAAUAACCACAAAAAUUCACAUAUAGUGAUUAGCUGGUCAAAGUUAUUCAUUAAUAAAAUUUAAACAAAAAACAUGAUCCAGACUUACCAAACUCCAAAUAAAAUAUUUUUUAAAAAGGAGACAGAAAUAAUCCCAAGAAUGUGGAGUGCUGGAAGGAGAUUGGCUUUUAAACUAAUAAAGACUCUGAAAAAAAGGACUAAAUAAGAAAAUAACUUAUUGACUCCUUCCAUAUGCCAUGUUAGUAGCCUCAUAAUUAUUUAGACUGCAGUCUGCAUUAAAGAUGUCUUGACCUUUGAGGCUAGGAUUCAGUCUCCCAACAGUACUAUAACAUACGAAUCCACAAGUAUCCACAAGAAUUCAUUGCCUGUUUCCAGGAAAUCUUUAUAUUUUUAAAUAGUAAUUUUAUCCACAAUUUCUAUCAUCUAAUUAUUCACUAUGUUUUGUUUGUAAUAAUGAACAAUUUUUUUCUCUCUGAAAUCUCAUAGGAUAAUCACACUUACAAACAUUCGUAACAUUCAGAUUCUGAAGGAAAUGCAGUCCACUAAAAUGAUCAUGGCACUGAGAAUUCAUCUUUAGCAAACUGUGUGAAAAUAUAAUUUAAAAAUACCUUGUUUUGAUAUUAACUGUAUAGUAACUGAUAAGUAAAAAUUGCCCCUUUUCUGGAUUUUUUAUGUUCAGAAUUCAUAUUCACAAUCAGCAUAUUCAAUCAACAGCUCUAUCUCAUUCCCAACUACCCAAAGGCCUGGGCCACUUUUGAACACUUAAAGCAUUUCAUUUAUCCUUCAAACCAGAAUGGUGCUGAAAUAUUUCAACUUGAAUGUAAAAUGUAUUAAGUCUUAGCUCACAAGAUAGAAACAUUUAAUUAAUAUAUAACUGCUUGCUAUGAACUAAAUGACAUGUGAUUUGGUAUUGUAAUGUUUUUGAUGAAGUUUUAGUUUCUUCCAAAUUUUUCAGGAAUCCUAUUUGUAAAACAUCUGUAACUUUUUUAAAGAGCUUUUAUUUUAACUGCCCAGACACUGGCUUUAUAUUCUUCUUUACAUUCUCACAUUCUUUUAUUAUAUGCCUAUACUAUGAUUGCAAGAUUAUGUAAAAAUGCCUUGAAUAAAUGAUUUCAAGUGUC